AUGGUGUGCCUUUCGCCGAAAUUGUACUUUUUUAUUCUUCUAUGUACAUGGAUUUCUUGUCAGUUUUUUGUUCCUUCUGAUUCCCGCACUUUGUUGAGACGGGUAAGCUUCUUGAAUUAUUAUAAAAGCAAAUGAUAUGUCAAUAUUUUACGUUGUUUAUAAGUUGUAAUGUUUCAUAAAAUAUGAAUUUCGUUUUGAUGUUGAGCAUUCACGUGGGCUUCUCUAAACUCUAUUUCAUUCAAGUUUAUAAAAAAUAUUUAAGCGCAAGCUAACCUGAGUGUUUAUUUUAGGCGGCAGGAUAUGCAGAGGAGAACAAUUCAGCAUCAAAUAGUACAGAAGAUGAGGAUCCAUGCUCAGAAGAAAAAAAUGGAAUGUAUCCAUGCUCAUCGACGGUAAGUCAAGUUUUUAAAUUUUGCUAGGUAGUUGUCUGAAUGAGCUUGUUUGGACAUCGCCAUUGCUGCACGUAUUCCCACACAGUACACUAUUUCAGCUAAUUCUAAACGAUCUGCUGAUCAGUACAGAGAAUGAAAAAAUAUUUAUGGCUUAUUCUUAGUUUGAGUCAGCCAAAUCUCACUCGUUCUUCAAAAAUCUGUAAAACAGAGGGCUUUCUGUGAAAGAACGGGAUUAUUGUUGUUUUAUCUUAUUGUGACGAUAAAUUUUGAUUGUAAGUUGUUUACCGCCAUAUUUCGCUGUCCAUUUCAUCUAUUUUCUUUGUUAGCAAGGGAAGCGUGUAAACAAAAUUAUGAUAAUACACGCCCGCCCGCCCGGUGCCCGCCCUAGUUCACGUUAUCUUUCGGUUCUAGUAAGCUAACUUUAAAAAACGGAAAAUUAGUGGGUUUUCAGCCCGAAAAUUUUGAACACUGGUAUUAAAGUUUACAUGAAUAUGAGCUCAUUUACUGCGUCUUGUCAAAUUUGUAAGCUUAGCCAGUAGUAGAUUCAUUCAUGCUCGGUUUCACACCUAUAAUGGAUGAGCUCUUUUUCCAAAAUGUAAGCUUAAGUCCAUGUGUUUGCCCCUAAAACAGUUUUUGCUUGUUGCUAUCCCAUGGAUACCAUUAUUAAAGUGUCGAAUAAUAACUUGUCAAAUUUAAGUUUGAAAACUUUACUGCAGUUAUUUCUGCUGCUCUGUAUUGAAGCGUAAAAAUAUUGUUUUGCACUUUCCGAAGGGUGUUGGUUUCUAGAUUUUACUAUCUCAUUUCUCGAGAAUGUACGUGUUAAAAGCCUGGAGCCGCUAAAGUACCUUUAAUGCUCGUGCGGACUGCAAGGUUCACCAAACUUUGCAGACGUUUAACCCCAACCUUGCAAAUACCACGUAGGUUUAAUAUUUUACCCGUUAGUUUUUUUCGCAAUCUGGGAAGAAAGACCUUAGUUUGAAUUUUUGUUUCCUACUUCCGAUUUUAUUUGUUCAGAAAAGCAAAACUUAUUUAACCCAGAGAGUGGAAAACUUGACGCUUCCACAAGCCAUUGAACUGGAACGUUUCAGUAGUUUAUAUUUUUUCCAGCUCACUGAACAAGACAAGACGCCUGCAGAAGAAUAAUGCAAAAAGCUUCUUUGAAAUGCAAAUGUUUCUGUCCGAUUAUCUACGCCUGGAACAAGCUAACUAAAAAAAGAAGUGUGGAGUCAGGACUCGCUAAUCAUUCCCUUCACAACACCCCCAAAAUUAAGUAGAUUUGUUUAUACAAAGUGCAGUCAUUGCCAGCCACUUUCAUCCUCUGCCUGGCCGUUUAAAUUCCAUGUUUUAAAUGGUUUCAUCUUUGUUGUUUGUUUUUAUGCUCAUUUAACCUCAGCUUGGCGUCAAACUGUAAGCUUGAGUGCACUCCUGAUGAAUCAACCAUUGUUAUUUGUGGGCUUUAAAAUUUAAAUGCCUAACGGUUCUUGAACAUUCUACUUUUUGUGAAUAUAUAUUUUCUGGGGCUUUAGCCACACCCACAUUUGGCCACAAAUUAAAUCAAGGUGAAUAUUUCUUGUAAACUUUUUAUGCUAACACUUGACCAUAAAUAAGUCACAAAAAAGGAGAGAAACUUAAAUUGGCUGCUAUAUUUCACAAAACUUAACAAUAAGAGCUACCAAAUAUUUAUUCAACUAACAAUGACAAAUUAUAAAAUAAACAACUUUUCACUUCAGUUCUCCUAAAAAGUUCUUGGGUGUGUUAGUUGAAUGUGUUUUUAUUUGUGCGAGUGUAUGAAACUAGUUUACUAGAAAUACGUUAUCGCAAAAAUCUCGUGAAACUAAAAUGGGUCAGCAGUGGGAAUAAAGGGAAACAAGCAAAAGGGUAAAAAUACGAUGAACAACUGGGCCAUGCGGACACCGUACAAUUUAUGACAUAAAAUUAAUAAUCUUACAGUAUUUUUCUCCGCCAUUCACACUGUUUGAGCCUAAUGUGGGGCUGUAUUUAUCACGAAUUCAAAUAUACAUUUAAGGAAAAAUAGUUUAAACGAGUAUUUCAAAGCCUUUUCACAUUAAUUUCGUGUUUAUUCACUCUCUGGCUUUAUAAUGGCCACUUGAUGAACAUGCUCAUCUUUUCUAGCUCUCGCUGAAGAUGGUGUCACCAUUCUUUCAGUGUUUUAAAAAUUUUCCAAUGCAAGGAUUUUUGGCCAUUUUUUGAAUCAGGCACCAAUGGGCACCCAAAAUGCACGAUGACGUCAUGUUGAGUGGUGUCUUUUAGAAUUUGUUUGUGGUUUGUUGCUUGGCAACUGGGGAUACCAAACCAAUAGAAAGAAAGAUUUAUGACCAAAGCAAAAUCGCACUCCACUUGUGAUCCGCGCGCGACAAAAUUAUAAAGUUGCUUCGCUGCGAGAAUUAUAAUUUAUUAUAGUGACUCCAAUUAGUGUGUAAACACUAGAAUGACUGACACUUUAAUAAAGUUACUAUCUAUAUAUUUAUCUAUCUAUCAUCUAUGGAAUGAAGAAGAUAAUAUUAAUUAAAAGCACUAUUGACUGCUGUAGACUCUGCCAUAUGGUUGAUAACUGAUAUGUCACUUUCUAGAUAACUGGUAACCUGCUACUGAUGGUGUUCUAUGGUGCUAUUCUUGGUGUUGCAGCAAAAUGUAUCUCUGGUAUGGAUUUAUGAGAAUUACCUUUCUAAAGCUGAUUUUAUAUAUACAGUCUGUAGUCAGUGUCUUAUACCUAGUUCAUGUUUUAUACUCAGUCCAUAGUUUCUAAUCUGCAUUUUAUACCUAGUCCGUGUUUUAUAAUGACUGAUUAUGAAAGAGGUCCACAAGCUACAGUACUACAGUGAUCACCUGUCAUGAGUAGGAUAUAACCCCAGUGGACUGGAGUACAGGAAUGACUGCAGAUGUCAUGUGUAUUAAUUUUAUGCCCUAAUAGAAAGCAAUGGUGUGAAUUUAAGAAAAGAUGGAGUUAGCAGGUUUUUUUUCUUAACAGAUGGUGCUGAGCUCUUGCUAGAUCUUGGAUGUUCUCCUUCCUUGGUUGGUAAGUGUUGGAAUAUUAAUUUAAGAUGAGUAAAGAACAAAGCAUAUAUAUGAGUGUCUGUGUGUAUUAUUGUCUACUUUGUUGCCUGCAGGUGGUAUUGUGCUUCCGUUGCUGGGAGCAGUACCUGACUCUGCUAUCAUCAUUGUUUCUGGACUUGGUGAUGAUGCUCAAACUAAGCUUUCAGUUGGAAUGGGGUGAGUUGUUAAACAAGAUUUCUAAUGAUUAUAGUUAACUUAAAGAUUGUCUCCUUUCUUAACAUUCCCAUUGUAUUUGCUUAUUGCUCUUUUGCUCCCAUGGUUACAACUGUUUGCUGUUUUUUGCCUUUGUGUGUUGUGAGUUUUUGCAUGGGCACUAUAUAUAUAUAUAUUCUAAAGCAGGAAUGUUGCCAGGCUUGUUGGUCCCUUUGGCUAUUGGCUUCUCAUUUGAAUAACCCUUGUGUGACAGGUGCUCUUAAAGUGGAGUUGUUGACCUUGGUGAAGUUGCUAUGGUUACCUCUUCAUGUCAGCCUGCUUACUUUGCUUACUGUUGCUUGUGUUGUCAUUGCAGGGCUCAAAAUAAUUUUUUAACAGUGGCUGGUGUGCUGUGCACUUGACCAGUCAAAACAACCCUCCAACUAAAUGUUUGUCCUUUGACUGGUCAUUAUUUUGAGCCCUGCAUUACCUGCAUCUAACCUUCAUAUCCCGGCCUGUUGGAUAUUGAUGGGUUAAAUCUCUAGUACUGAUUUUUCUGUGUUGACAAAGUUGCAAAACUAGAUUAUAAAAAAAAAUUAUUGUUUCUUUGUUGGUGAAACUAACUUCUCUAAAUUCACUAUUGUGUGUUGCAACAGCAAGGUUGAAAGUAAACUUGUGUAUGGUCUUUUAAACAGUACACUGGCUGGAAGUACCAUCAUGUUGUUGACUGCUGCCUGGGCCGGCAGCUUGGUUAUCGGCAAGUGUGACCUUAAUGCCUAUGGAGAGGCUAUUGAGGGCAGUGGAUAUGGAAAGAUAAGCUGCAAUAAGCAGGUAAACCAUUAUCAAUGAGAGAUAUUUAUGAUAACCGUUUGCUCCUUUGGAGAAUUAGGACAAAUGUAACCAUUGGCCUCUGGAAUUUUGCCAAAAAGUGCAAUUCAUUUGAAGCUUGUCAAGCUUGUCAAGUUGUGCUUUGCAAAAGUUUUCCUUAGCAAAGCUUUAUAAAUAAGUAAAUAAAUACAUGGACGCCAUAUAUUUGUGGAACUACAGUUUGUUGUGAUCGAGAAAUUUAUUUUGCUACCAUGGCAACGUGACAUGACUCUAUUAAGAGCUAAAACUUACCAAAAGGCAGUUUGUAGGUAGUUUUGUUCCAGAAAACAGCUUUCAAAAUUUAACCAUGUGUGGGAGGGGUUUAAAAAAGUGACACGGCAUUGUCAAUUUUUUCCUUUUGCUAAGUGCUACUUGCAUUGUUUUUUUUUUUGCUGUGCAUUUAAUAGGCAUAAUUUUUGUUGGAAAAGUUCUAGGAAAGCUUUUAGAAUCAUAGGGUCAGAUGGAAGGUGUGUGGGUGGGUAUAGUGGAACCUUAUUUUCAUCGUAAUUUUCUAGGUCAACUUUACAUGUUUUUUGCCUGUUUCUCUGGCGUCCUUGACUAAAUCAUUCUUCUGUCUUCCCCUGCAAAAGUUAGAUGACAAAGUUGUCCUUUAUGGUUUAAACUAUUGAUGUUACAAGAAAGGGGCUCAAGUAAAUCUGCACGUGAAGUUAUGGGCCAUUCAGGAACUAGUUAGAAAUUAUAUUUAGGGCAGCCUUUCUGUAUAGCUUACUUUAAAACUUGGGUACUUAUUAUCUGAGUCUAACCCCAACUUUGGAGAACCGCAAUACGACCUUAGUUCAUGAUAAUUUGGCAUGUUGUGUAUUACAGGGUGUAACCGUUGUACCCAGUGUCCAGACAGCAGUUGGAAUUAUGUUGUUGACUUCCUUGUCCUAUUUGUAAGUACCAUAUGCAAACCUUCAAACCUGUAGUAUUGCGGUACUGGUAGUUACGUUAAUGACAGGUUUUUCAAUGAUAAAUAACAAUUAUUCACCAAAGUGGAGGUAACUAGUAUUGGAUAUUUACCGAGGCCGCAAAGCAGCAAGGUAAAUAUCCAAUACUAGCCACCGACACUGAGGUGAAUAAUUGUUUUAGUAUAUACUAAAACAGUGAGAUAAUUAAGCACAAAAUGAUGAUUUUUAACUCAUUUACUGUUUCUAACAAUUACAAUUUUGGCGCGCAAUGACCGAACGGCCACGGUCAUCGCUUUUUCUUAGCGACAAAUAAAACUUUUGAAGGCCUUUGUUUAGCUCUUGCGGGGAAGUUUCUUCAAAAGGAGUUGUGAAUUCUGUUUGUAUUUAAAAUAAUUCUGUAAAAAAGAUUAUUAAAUUUAGUUUUAAGCUUAUUCAUGAACAAGUCAACUAAAUAAAGUAACGCAAGACUUAAGCUUAAUUUUGUAUUUGUAACCAAAAAACUUUUUCACCGCCUUUAUCGAUAACUAUUCAAGUAAAAAAGGCAAAGCUUUACCUGUUAAAACUUUCAAACCGAACUUCGUCACCUUCUUCAUGUAUUUCAGAAAUAGCUUGCUUGAUUAGUUGUGAAAUUUCUUAGUUUGUUAUGGCAGCAAACCGGGAAAGCAUUUUGCUCGCAACCUACGCGAGUUUGGCGUCGCUCGCUCGGACGAACUGGAGGUGAAUCAGUGAAUAGCGCAGGAUAUUCACUGACUGAGUAGCCAAUCAGAGCGCGCGAAAAACACUAUCCACUGUUUUAGUAUAUACUUAAAAUAGUUAUUGAGUUCUAGCCUAGUUUCCACAUAAUCGUCUGGUUCUUGAGGACACAUAAUGAGAAGACCUGGAUGACUGCAUGGAAACCAGUUUAUAUUUUUUAAUAAACUACAGUUUUGUUCAGUCCAAUGGGAUUACCCCAUGUCAUUCAGCUUGUCCUUCCUUAACUCAUUUUCUACCAGUCGCACAAACAGCAAAUCUGACCACACAUUUUAAAAAAAUUAUAUCUCCACUGUUAUUUAAAUAGCUGAGAAAGCUUUAUCUCAUUUGAAAGGGCAUACAAUAAACUUUCCAAAAAAUAUAUUUUGCCCUCUGGAAGCCCAUAAUAUUUCAGAGUGUUCAUUAGCUAGGGAUUGGAGAUCGGAGAAUUCUCCGUUAACUACACAGAAUUCUCCGGCAAAUGUUUGGUAGCCUACCACUAUUAUUAUUUUAUUCAGAUGCGGAACCUCUUUCAAAAUAUUCUCCUGUAACGUGUUACACCUUUCUCACGCUACUAGAAUUCUAAGAGAACCCUGAAUACUUCACUGAAAAAAUUUACAAGAUACAUUUUCUCAUAAUUUAUGCAAGCAUUGAAACAGGAAAUGUGAUUUUCCAAUAAUAUUACUCCGAUGGAGCUGAAAAAUUAAGAGAAAAAUUUUUCUCUAAUUAUCUAGCAAAACAGACCACCAAUCUGUUAAAAAUAUUGAACGAUGCAGAAUUUGCUAUAAAUUUCUUUCUAAUUGUAUCUUAUUAUGCAAAUUAGGCUAAAACCCUAAUUUGCAUACUUUGGCAUCUGUGAGUUUUUACUCACAGAAAAUGUCUGUUAUCUUCAUGUUUUGGUCCAUAAGUCAAUUUAAAACACACAAGAUGAAUUCAAACUCUCUCUUUAUGAAAACAAGCAGGGCUUUGAGAGUAGAAACCCAAACUAAAAAGCAUUUCAUCGAAUUUGCUGAACAUGUGUAGCAGAAUGAACUCACAGGGAAGCGCAUGCUAUGGUUAUAAACCUUUUCUUACCUCGACUUUUGCAUUUAUUUACCAGUUUAUGAUCCACGAAGCUUUUAAAUUCAUUGUGAAGUACAUAUUUGGUCGAAAUUUGUCGACCAAAGUAUUUCUUGGUGGCCAUUUAAUAUAAGCUACCACAAAUUCUUUAAUCGCCCUCCAUUUUUUUCAGCUUUCAAAAGAUCGUUGCAUGAAGCAUAUCAAUGGUUGGGGACUGAAACUAGCCCUAUGAUUGGUUUGAACUAUCUAAUUCCUGUGGGCUAAAUUUGGUGGCGAUCGAAAGUAAUGCUAUUUUUUAAAUUUUUUUGUGAUUUUCCGACAAAUUCGUCAGAUAUUCAUGACACCGGUAGAAAAUGAGUUAAUUGCUUCAGAGUUGUUUCCUUAUAGUCUUCUCAAUCCCCUGAACGCAUUUUAAGAUGAUGGUUAAGGUAUUUGUAUGUAGUUCGAUCCCCCAAAGUGUUUAGUUCACCAAUACAACAACAACAACAAGAAGUUUAUUUUUCAGUAUUACCAUUUCAGGAUCGAAAUACAAUAAUAUAAAUUUAAGGAAAUACCGAUAUAAUUGAGUGGUAUAAAAAUUAUGUUUCUUUCGUAUUUCAAAUGCUUGAAAAACGUCAAUUAGCAGUUAGUGUGCUGAUGUGCGAGUCAGUAUUGUUGAAAAGAAAACAGACAUUAUUAUGGUUAUUGUAAUUUGUAAAUAAUGUAUUUCAUUUGUUGAUUUUAAUAAAAAGAGUCUAAAUCAAAUCAUCUUAGGUCACAGUGAAAGAAUGCGCGCUUUUUGUUUUCAACUGAAUUUAGAUUUCAGUGAUCACAAAUUCCAAGAUCUUCAGGAGUUUUGGGAAUUGUAAAUCUUCCAGUUUUGAUUUCUGAAUAUAGUUUCCAAUACAUUGUCACCUCCCUUAAUCUGUUUUUUUUUUUUUAGCGAUUUAAUCAUUAAAAGAUCAUCAUUUAAACAUAUUAAUUAAUUAAAUUAUCUGACCAGCUUAGUGAUGUCUUGAGUUUGAACAUCCAUGUGAUAUUUUGUUUGUGAUUCAAGCGAGAAUGCCAUAUAGAAUAGGAUUAAGGCCAGGUACAUGCAGUGCGUAUGUAGGUUGUAAAACAAUAUUAUGACCAUGAAGGCUAGUCAUUAGAGUUCAUAGCUGUUUUUCAGAAAGGUUAAAUAAUGAUUUUGAAACAUUUCUUUCUUGCUUAUCGUGGUAAGUGAUUUAUUAAGUAUAUGGAUUCUUGUAACUGCUUUAUUGCACAGAAUUGAGAUUUUUAAAAAGUAGCUAUUAUAACUGCUUGUGUUUUUAUGAAGCCUUUUUGUCAGCUAAUCUAGGCUUGCAUCAAAAUAUAAUUUAUCAGUCUGUAAAUUCAAGUGAUUGAUUAACACUUUGGCAUUCACAGCAUCGUGCAAGGUGCAGAUUGGCAUUUUGGGCCACACAACUUUGGAACUCAACCAGAGUAUGUGCGUAAAGCUGCUUUAGCCACUAUGAUAAUUUGCUUCAUUGGAUUUGUUGCUUACUUGAUAUUUCUGGUGAGUAUAUUUAUCUUUUAUAACCCUACUCUGUGCCAGUGGUUAGGUUACACAGCAAGUCUGUUUGAGCCAACAGGUCCAUCAUUAAUCUAGAGCUUAUCCCAGUUUCCGUAGCUUGGAGCCAGUAGGAGUUAAUCUCACCCAGCCCUCCCCUCCAGGAUGGGAUGCUUACGUCUAUCACAGGGUUACAUCCAAGCAGAAAACUCACCAGUAUCCAUUUAUAUAUGUUGUAGUUAAUAUUUUAUGUCAUGCAUUUUUUGUUUCUCUUUUGUUUUAUUGUAUGGUUAUACAUUGUAUAUUCUAAUUAAGUUUAAUUUGAACAAAGGGAAAAAUAAAAAUUACCUAACAUAAAAAAUUAACUGCAAUAUGUAUGUUGGUGGCUGCCGGCUUGACAUAUAAAAGUAAAACAGUAAACCUAUCAUUUAUUUACUAAAUAGUUUUGUCUUAAUUAUGUCAAAGGUCUAUAGUUGCUUUUUUAUAAAAAGGGCUUUAUUAAUUUAUUGCUUUAUUUAUUUAUUUAUUUAUUAUGUAAGCACUCUCUGAAUUAAUUAUAUUUUUUGCAGUUUGUUGACAGUAAGUCAGCCCAGAUGAGAGCUGAUAAGCAUCGCCAAGAAAUGUAAGUAUAAAAUUCUUUUUGGUUAUCUAUAUUUUUGACUGUUAUUGAUGCAUUUAGAGUAAUAUUUGCAUUCAAAGAAUUCAAUUCCACUACAUUAAAUUUAAGUAUGUAUACUGAGAAAAGAAUUUUUACAAAAGGAAUUAAUUUUAAAAACUAAUAUAUGCUGUUACUAGAGUUAAAAUACUAGUUUUAAUUACUUGUGAUACUUAAGCUCUCUUAGUGACAAUAAAUAUUAGUUAUUUAGCUGUCUGUGGAAAAUUUGAUAGAUUGAGUUAAUACUUAUAUGUGUAGUUGUGUGUGUUUUUUCAUGGGCGCACUUGAAUUGGAGCCUUGAUAUGGUUUGUGACCCUUAUUUCAGGGCCGUCAUUAAAAUAUCAAGUUGGCGGGUAAAUGAUACAAGUCAGGCGAGAAAUCAAACAGCUAGGGAUUUUGUUUUUAUUCUAUCUUUCUUCUAUUUUCCUGCAAAAGUAGGUGGGGAUCAUGUUCAUAAAUUACAGUUGGGGAAAAUCCCCUGCCCUCCGCCCCUAAUGACAGCCCUGUAUUUGCUUAGUGAAAGUUUUGUCAAUUUUUUAAAAAUAAUAUGUUUUAUGUUGGCAGGAUGCAAAGGAAGGUGUUACAUCGUUUUGUGAUGAUGGCAAAAAGGACCAUGCCAUCAAGUAUGGGUGAUCAGCUUGACUCUGGUGAAGAUAAAGCUGCCCAAGAAGGUCAGCAGUGCAGAGUGUUCUAAACUAGUCUUUGUACAGUGGGUAGAUCAGCCUCAAUAUAACAAAGGGCCAUUAGGGACUGGCAAAAUUUGUUUGCUACAAUGUAUAACCAGGUUUUGUUAUUUCAAGGUUCUUUUUCAUAUAUUUUAGUAUUAUAUUACUGGGGUAGUACUGUCCAAGGAGGGUCAUUAUAUUGAGGUUCCUCUAUUAAUCCAUGCUUUAUUCUGUGGCUUUUGUUUCCUGUGUAUCAGGUUGUAAAAACUUUCACCACUUUAGUCGUUCAAUGACAGACUCAAGUCUGAUAUUAUUUUUAGUUUGUAGUGCCUUAAGUGUCCAUCUGAUGACAGAUUAAAUAUCUCCGAUAAAUUAGUGAUGUAACUACUCAACAGAAUGUUCUUGGAAAAUAUUUUUCUUUAGAAUAAUUCCGCAAGUAGAAAUGUGUUUUUUUUGCCUUGAAAUGUUGGAUAUUAUUAUGGACACUAUAAAAUGACAUUUUUCCAUCAGCCCAUGUCCAGAAGAAAUAUUUUAAAGCCUGGCGUCUGGGGGCAGCAAUGGAUAAGAAAGAGCCAUCUGAAACUGAUCCUAUUGUACCCAAAGAGGUCCAUGGUGACAAAGAGGUAUAAUUCACUUUUAUGUUGACAUGUUGUUCGUCACAGAACACUUCACUUGUUGUUAACCUUUCCUGCAGCAUCUUUUAAUUACUAAUGCUACUUCUCAUUUAUUUUGUUUGUGCUUGCCAGUUGCUCAUCUGCACAAUGUAUUUGUACUGUCUUGAUUAUAGCCUAAAUUGCCAGUUAGCUAAUUUGAAUCUAAUGAAGCUGGUUAAUGUAUCUCUAAUAAAUUUGCCAGCUAUGUGUAAAAGUUCAAGGAGAACUCUCACUGUUGGUUAAAAAUUUCUGCUUCCUAAUGUUAACAUCUCCAUUGAUCCAUAUAAAAAAAAAACCUUGCAGAACUGACCACAGUAUAUUGGGCCUCCAAUAUAAUCUGCACAAAAAUAUACUAGUCUUUUUUACUGUUGGGAGGUUAAAAUGGAAAUUUCUUUACAGCAACAACUUCACAGUGGUUGUAACAGGUUAAGUUUGUUCUUUUUUCUUUCUUACUUGUCAUCUGACAGGAACUUAUUGGUCGAGAUUCUUUUAAAAUAGAGGAGGUGAGUAUUUAAAGUGUGAUAUAAGUGAUAUGACUAAAAUCUAAUGAGAUUGAAAGAGGAAGUUUAAGCUGAAUAAAUAUCCCAGUUAUUUUGAAAUAUUGCCUUCAGCUGUUCAAGUUUUCAUACUGCCUCAUACUAAAUUACACUUGGCAUUCAGUGAGACUUGAAUGUAAUUUUAAACUUUAAAAUUACAUUCAGCCAAUUCAUCUUAGAUUUUAAUACUGAAUACCCUCACCUGCUCUGUUCAAGACCAUGUGGACCUGCACACAUUCCGGGACCACUCCAUAGGUUCUGCUGUCCAAUGGAUGGUUAAAACCCUCAGCAGUUUAAGAACAGAAUUUUCCUACGGAAAUAACAUAUAGCAAAACUCUAACAAAAAGAGGAAAAUAAGACAAGCAGUGAGAAUUGGCAGUCGUGUUCCUUUUUUUCCUCACAUGUGCCCAAAUUUGCUUUUUCCACUGACAUGGUUGAAGCAUAAACGCCUUUAAAUGGGCUCUGGAAAGUAAUUGCUCAGAUGACAAACAAAGUCUACGAUAGUUUGAUCCAUUGUGCCAUAUAUAUGGCUUUGAUAGCUACAAUCAGCAGUUUAUCUUCUUUUUUGUAAUCAGUAAUAGGUAUUCUAAGACUACUAAGACUCUAGAACUGAUGACCAUUCUAAGAUGUUUUUACACCUGUUAGGUUUGAUUUGUUGGUAAUGGUGACUUGUGAUGAACUGAACUAAUGUAAUACAAUCAAUGAAUGAAAAUAGUAUUGGUGGUCAUUAUGAUGUGCGUACUUAAAGUCAGUUUGCUCCACAUGACUAGCAGCCUGGUUGAUCACUUUCCACAUAUUUUGUUUAAAAGCUGCUCUUUAUAAUUUAAUCUUUAAUCAGUGGCUGACUUGAAUAACGCUAAGGAGUUCUCCUUACUGCAAUCUUUCUUUUAAUUACUCAUGAAACUUUUCUGUGAACUAUUUACUGAAACUAUUUCAUUUACCGUUGUCGAUGACGUCCCUGUGUAGAUAUUAAUUUGGCUACCUAUUUUGUUACUCCCUCUAACUCGAACGAAAAGUCCCAAUUCCGUAGGAUUUCACCCCACUUUUCGGUCAUUUUUAACUCAGUGAACUCGAACUCUCCGCUAACUCGACCUAAAUUUCCUUUUCCUUCAUCAAAAUUUCACUGACAUUUAAUACGAUAACUGGAAUUCAGAUUCUUGUAACUCCACUCGGAUGCCAUGCCGGACUCAUUAGCUUUUCUUUUUUAAAUCGGUAGAAAAAACUAAAACCAACACUACAGCAAUCUGAUUUUAAUUGGUGAAACAAAAGAUUUAAAAAAAACAUAUCUAAAUAUUAUGUAAAACGAAAGGUGUUUUUAGUUUCAACUGUAAUUGUCUGGAUUAUGUUGAUGAUUCUGGCAAGUUGAACCAACUUUUUUCUUAUAAUCCUCGAAUGAAAGUUGCAUUCUUCUGAUUGGGUGCGGCGUUUAUUCGGGGUGGGCGUUUAUUUGUAAUUUUGCCUCGAAUCAGCCACAUUAAUCUCAUGUACCCAAAUUUAUGAAAAAGAUCUAUGUUUAUUACGCAGAAUGUACUGGUAUGAAACUUUCCAUUGAAGAAUAAUCUUAGCCACAGCACCGUACAGGCACAUGUCGUUUUGCUUUUAAAGAAUUGUAACUUCUAUACUGUCUUGUCCUUUUUUUUUCUUGUGAAGUUGUUGGAAAAAGUCACGCAAACGAAAAGCAUGCAAGUUAUUGGCUUUAUGGCGUUAUAUUAAGGUUUUUUUAUUAUUAUUUACCGAUCAGGAAGAAGAAGAAGAGGAAGAGGAAAGCUUUACUCAUCUGACCAUCAAAUGCGUUUCUCUUCUGGUUAUAGGAGUUGGCUUAGUAAGUUGUGACUCACUUGUAAUCAUUAGCUCUUGACGUAUCUGACUUAUCAAGUGAUGACCUUUUGUUUAGUCAAUAGGUGUAACUAGGUGUAACGCAGCUGCCUUUGUGCCGCAUAUGUUGUAGAUUCCUGAAUUUGAUCUUGGGCACGUAUAGUAUGCUGGUGUUUUGAGACUUGUGUAUUUGUUCAAAAUGAUUUUUUUGUGUUUUCGCAGGUGACAAUUUUUGCUGAUCCAAUGUGUGAUGUGUUGGAUUCAUUGACAAACUCAAAGAACAAGUCUUACAUUCCAAUCUCGGGUAAGCUAUUUAUUUUCAGCUGGCCUUAGCGGAAAGUUUGCUUUCAAAAUGUCAGUCACAUAGAAAACAAAAUUCAGGUCCAAACAUUUAUCAAGUAAGAACUCGUAGGAUUCGAGAAACACCAAUCAUGGAAACUACAGUCUACAUUUGCUAGAGCCACAAUAGAGUAUUCAGGACAAUUAAGUCCUUUUAAAACUCUCAGCCUUGGGUUUAUUCUUAAAACAUUCUUAAAAUUUCGAAAUUUUCAGCCUCGAUAUUCUUAUAGAAAAAGAGAGUGUAUAUUGCUUGCAAAUAUGGUAAGCGACAGUUGGUUAUGAAAAAUUAGCCGGGGAAUUGGAGUCAAUUAGAAACGGCGAAAUAUUUCGAAUGAAUAAUAAUGUAUUUAUCGUUGACUGAAUGUGGUAUAUUUUUCUUUAGCCUUUUACGUUUCAUUUGUGGUAACCCCGCUCUGCUCUAAUGCUUCUGAACUUGUGUCGUCACUGAUCUUUGCUUCUAAGAAGAAGAAGGAGAAUAUCUCCAUGACAUUUGCUCAGGUAGGCUCUUAAUUUAAGUCUCAAGAUAAAACAAAUAUUGCUAGAUUGUUUUUUCAUGUUUAUUUGUUUGCUUGUUUCGACUUCUUUUGGCACCCUUAAGACCGCCUGUCACCAGUUAAUUUUUGUUCUAAACACCGUCAAUUACCAUGAGUUAUUUUUAUCCUUUUAGUUGGCAAGUGUCUCUGUACACUUGUGUGGGAUUUGGUCUUUAUAAGAAAUAAAUCGUUUUGAAACCAGUAUGACACUGUGUAAUAAAAGUUUUCACACGCUUUAACACGGGAUGUGUGUGGAUCACGUAAGGAAUUAAACCCGGCUCUUUUAAAACGCUACAUAAAAGGCCUUCGUCUUUAAGUUUAACCUCCCGGAUUUUUGGGCACUGCUUGUCAAAAAAUGUGAGGGAUUUGUAUAAUCUCUGGUUGAUGAUUAAACUGGAAAAUAUUCUUAAAUUCUUUCAGCUUUAUGGAGCUGGUACAAUGAAUAACACUCUUUGUCUUGGAAUCUUCGCUGCCCUUGUUUACUUUAGAGAUUUAAAAUGGUACUAUUCAGCAGGUGAGUAAUAUUCUGCUGAUCAAUCGUAUGUGCAUGACGCAACUUAAAUAUGCAGAGAUCCUUACCUCAUUACAUUGAAAAUCUGGAGCCAAUUGCCUCUUUGGCAUGCGCAGUACCCACCAACCGAUCAACCAUGCUCCCCUGCGUGCGUGGGACCAAUGGUUGCUGCAUGUGGCGGCUCAGGACCUAAUUGAUCAGGAAUGACAGGCUCUCAAAAAUCGCUUUUUUGACGAAAUAGUAUUGUCAACGAUGAAAAAUGGCACAAAUACUUCGGAGUCCUUAUUAUGAUCGAAAACCAUUUUGAAUUUGGAGAGGAAAUAGACUAAAUUCCAAACUAAAAACAGAAAUGGCGGCUCCUACUUCAGUUUCAACCGGGAGAUGUGGUGACCCGAUUUGUGCCGUAUCCGAAAGAGUUGGCAAAUAUAAACAUGUAGCAAUUAACAAGGAAAAGAGGACUGUUGAGUCUAUUUGUGAUCAAUUUUUAUGAGAAAAAUGAAGAAACAGAACAGCGGAAGAGAUACGAAUCCACGUCCUGUCUCCGCCCAACUCUUGAAAAAAAGAUUUCCAAACAAUUUUUUUUCCUAUUUUGUUUCUAGAGGUGACAGUGAUUAUCUUUGUACAAUGGCUUGUGGGAAUUACUGGCUUCCGAAUGACUUACAAGGUAAGUGUUUUCUUUCACAUGAAAAUGUUUGUACAAUCAUCAAAGAUUUGAAUGUUAUAUCAGAAAAGACCUUUAACUUUGAGAGCAUCCUUAAGAGACAUUCGCUGGUACGAGUAAAAAACUUUGUCUAGAUAAAAGCUUGAAAAGUAAGAGAAAAUCACCUUGCAGCAUGCAGCUAACAUUUGUUAUUUUGCCGGCCUUUUUAUAGCUGUGGAUGGCCAUUCUGGUUGGUUCUCUGUAUGUGGUGUCAAUUGGCUUGGUCGCUCUUCUUGAAAGCAGUGCUAUUGGCUGGAAGUAACUGUGCCCGGCCGUCUGAAGUGAACCUGCAGGAAGACAAAAAAUGUUCUUUGUUUACAAACCUCUGCCCUGUAUUGUGAAUAGACACAGAUUUCUCUCCAUUGAGCUUGUACCGGUUAUUUAUACUUAUCUUUAGUAAGAGAAAGUAAGACAGUUCAAUUGAAGAAAAUAGUGUUCUGCACAACUGUAUUUGUAUUAUCAAUUCUAACACUGGGAGGAAAUGAACUGCUCUAGACGUAUUUUGCAAAUAUUUUUGGCUAAGAAACUACCCGUUAUAAGGUUGUGGCGAGAAAACCUCGACUUAGCUUGUAUUCAGGCGUCGAUGUAUAUUAUUCAUAAUAUUCUGAGGUCAGAUACGUCAACAAAGCAUGAUAUUACUUUUGAUGUCUCGUGGUCAGAAACCAUGAAAUUGUUUGCACUUUGCACCUACACGUAUAGAAUGAAUCAAUGCAUGAAAGUGCUUCGUUAAAUUAACGUAGCCUUCAAUGAGCAGGAAUUAUAUUGUUAAAUUAACGUAGCCUUCAAUGAGCAGGAAUUAUAUUGUUAACUAUGGCAUAAACAGGACAGUCUUGUCAGAGUUCUAUUUUGUCAAUAUUUUGUGUGAAUGAAUAGCGUCAUAAACAAGGAUAAAAUGUGGUAUUAGUUAAAACUUGAACAUUGGAAUUUGCUUUUUCAUUAACGAGGAAAUAAACAAGCAUUCACUUGUUUAGCUUUCGAGUUGUUUGCUGUAGCGUCU